CGGAGCUUUAGACCACCCCUGAGUCCCUGCAGGCCUGCAGGAGCUGCCCCUAUUAUGUACCUCAUACGUGGGUAAGUAGGUAGGUACCUAUGUACCGUACAGUUUCCGAUGAUCUACCGACUCCGUGCGCUUCAUCGAAAAAUCCUCAGCGUCACUUAUACUGUCUAGCCUGAGGUCCUCAUCAGCAUGGCAUUGAUUCCCGCCGCGAGCUUGGAACUGCUCACGACGGCUGGCCGGAGCGUUUCCCCUGGGGCGGCGCUCCUGAGAUCAUCUCGCAUGUUCUCAAUGCCAGCCCCAAUACCUGCUCCUCCUGGUGACCUUUCUUCGGCAACUAAACACUACUCUCCGACUUCCACGAUCCACUUCCCGACGCAUCUUACUGUGACGACGACUGCCUCCUCUCGAAUCAAUGGCGAUUGGGGCUUUAAGCGACCAUUUCCUCUAAAGACUACGACGAAUACCACCUAUCCCCUCGCGCGGGUAAGGCAGGUCGAUUCUGUCGAGCAAGUCACAGAUUUCCAGUCUGCAUCAGACCAUACGAUGACUCUACGGAAGUACCAAGAAAUGAACUUACCAAUUAGCGUACCAAUCUCAAACAGCAUGGAUAAUACGGCUGUUAGACAUACGAAGUCGGUCUUUGAGGAGGAUGCCGAUCUGACCGCUUUAGACGAUGAGCAGAAAGCGGAACUAGCGAACAAAAGGUGGAAGUUCUCAGGGCCAUGGCUUGCCGGUAUGACAGAUGGCGACUUUAAGAAAUUUCUUGAUAAGAAGGUGCGGAAGAAGCGUGUAGAAUUCCGUGCCUUUUUAAAGAAGAUCUACGCGGUCGAGUUGUCGAAAGAACAGGCGCAGAAGGCUGGCGACGCUGGGGAGGAGAUACCACCACCACUCACCGCUGACGAAAUUACGGAUGAAGAAUUGACAGAAUAUAUGAGGGAACUGAGGCAAGACCGCAUGGUCCUGUACAACCUCGUCAGUCGGUUCCUCGAUCUUGCUCCAGUAGAUUUGGCUACCGAACUCGAAAUGCUUGGUAGAUUGAUGCCAGGAAGAAAGACAAAACUGGUUCGUGGGAGUCCGUACGGGGCAACCGGACCCCCUAUUACACACCCUUCCGCUGGUAUUUCUUAUCUGCGCACCCGGAAUUUCCAGGAGAACCAUGCGAUCUACGGACCUCAGCUACAUCACACCCCUAUCAAAGCGAGAGUCUUGAAACCCACGAACUUCGCCACGGGCAGUUUCGGACCGAGCAUCGGUAUCGCUGGAUUCGUCGGCCACGCGCCGGCCGAGGAUACAUCAUUCAACUCAUCGAAGCAGGGGAACGUAUCUUUGAUCAGCGCAGCCAUACACAAGCUAAAUCUCGAUAAAGACGGUGGAUCGAAGGUCUACGUGCAGCCCAGCAUGGCCACGGUCGAUUCCACCGGAAGGAUCUACGUCAACAUAGGAGAUGCGAACGAGCAGAGCCAGCUGGUGCAGAAAGAGAUGGUGGGAGAGGGCAGCGUAUUCGACGAGGUUGUGAAGAAGGGUGCGACUCCGCAAGUGCCCCGUAAUCCUAGAGACACUGGUAGAUUUAGCGUGCGGCUGGGAAGCAAGACAUCUGGCAGUGCGAAAAGUUACGGCCUCGGCCAAACUUUUAGGGGUGAUAAGCACUACGAGUAGAUUCACGAGGGUUCCAGUCCCUGAAGUGGGAUGAAGUAACGGAGGCAUCAUGUAGCUGUGUGGUAUUUGAUGUAAGCUCGGUGCUUUGUAUGAUUUCUGUACAUAUCAGAUAGGAGAUAUUCUCUAUGAGCUCUAUGAGGCAAUAGAGGAGCCCUAGUAAAUCAACACUCAAGCUCAA